GCCCGCGCUUCCGCUGCGCCGCGCUUGGCUCCCGCGGCUUCCCGUCGCGGUGUCGCGCAGUCGUCCGUCGGAGCGACACUACGGUCAGUCGGCGACCGGACAGGGAAGAUGGACGCAGCCACCUUGACAUAUGAUACUCUCCGGUUUGCCGAAUUUGAAGAUUUCCCUGAGACCUCAGAGCCUGUUUGGAUUCUGGGCAGAAAAUACAGCAUUUUCACAGAAAAGGACGAAAUCUUGUCUGAUGUGGCAUCCAGACUCUGGUUUACAUACAGGAGGAACUUUCCAGCCAUUGGGGGAACUGGCCCUACCUCAGACACAGGCUGGGGCUGCAUGCUUCGAUGUGGACAGAUGAUCUUUGCCCAGGCCCUGGUAUGCCGGCACUUAGGUCGAGAUUGGAGAUGGACUCAACGGGAGAGACAACCUGGCAGCUACUUCAGUGUCCUCAAUGCUUUCCUCGACAGGAAGGAUAGCUACUACUCCAUCCACCAGAUAGCGCAAAUGGGAGUUGGCGAAGGCAAGUCUAUAGGCCAGUGGUACGGGCCGAACACUGUUGCCCAGGUCCUCAAGAAGCUUGCUGUAUUCGACACGUGGAGUUCCCUGGCUGUACACAUAGCAAUGGACAACACUGUGGUGAUGGAGGAAAUCAGAAGGUUGUGCAGGGCCAGCCUUCCCUGUGCAGGGGCUGCUGCACUUCCUACAGAUUCAGAGCCGCACUGUAACGGGUUCCCUGCUGGAGCUGAAGUCACCAACAGGCCAUCGGCCUGGAGACCCCUAGUACUUCUCAUCCCUCUCCGCCUGGGACUUACAGACAUCAAUGAGGCCUAUGUGGAGACGCUGAAGCACUGUUUCAUGAUGCCCCAGUCCCUGGGUGUUAUCGGAGGGAAGCCCAACAGUGCCCACUACUUUAUUGGCUACGUUGGUGAGGAACUCAUUUAUCUGGACCCCCAUACUACACAGCCUGCAGUGGAGCUGACUGACAGCUGCUUUAUCCCUGAUGAGAGCUUCCAUUGCCAACACCCUCCCUGCAGGAUGGGCAUUGGAGAGCUGGACCCGUCCAUUGCCGUGGGGUUUUUCUGUAAGACUGAGGAAGACUUUAACGAUUGGUGUCAGCAAGUCAAAAAGCUAUCCCUGCUUGGCGGUGCCCUGCCCAUGUUUGAGCUGGUAGAACAGCAGCCUUCCCAUCUGGCCUGCCAGGAUGUCCUGAACCUGUCCCUAGAUUCUUCUGAUGUAGAGAGGCUGGAGAGGUUCUUUGACUCUGAAGAUGAAGACUUUGAAAUCUUAUCCCUCUGAAGAUCCUGGGGUUUGGGGAUGGCCUCCAUGGCCCUCGUUGGGGUGCUUUGAGAACCCAGACCUGCCUUGGGCACUCAGUGUCACCGCAUUCCAUCCACCCAGCCCACCCCUGCCGAGUGCUGUGCGCCUGUGCCACCUGUGUCCAGAGGGCCUGCUCUGCUCAUGGACCAAGGACUGCGGUGCCUGGAGGCCUUACUGCUUGGAGUCAGACUGCCUAACCCCAAACGCGAAGGGUCUGUCCACAUGAGAAGUCGCCCGUCAGAAGGCCUAGUCAGGAAGAGCAGCAGGUCAGGAGCUUCCAGAGUUCUCCACUUGACACUGCCAGCCCUGGUCAGCACAUCAGCUUUGGUUCUGCUUUCUCCUGGGCACCUGGGUCUGUGGUUUAUUUGGAAUUAAAGCCCUGUUUGAAGUUGCUUAACAAAGACAUGAGUUUCUAGGACACUUCCAGGUCAGUCUUAGAAGACCUGCAGGUUGAUGUGUACAGAGUCUCAGCCAUGUCAUGGCCUCAUGCUGCUGGGCAGGGUGAGCUUUUGGGCUGUCUCCUCUGCCUAGUGUGAUUUCUCAAGGGCUACCUCAGUGGGAGAGCAUAUGGAAAGAAUUACAAGAUUGCUACUUGCUUUGGAGAGAAAGUAUUCUGGUGGGGCAUUUGGAAAACCCAAAGAUAACAGUGUACAUGGGCCCAGUGUGGACACCUGAGCCAUGGGGCAGCUGACAAGCUCCUAGGGCGUCUGGAGCCAUGGUCCAGAGGCUCCCCAUCAGGACCCCACUAGGGAAGAGAUUCAUUUCCUACAAGGGGUUGAUGCAUUUCAAGACCCACCGCCUUCUGCUGUUAGCUUGCCACCCAGCUUCCCUCUGGGAGGAAAGGGAGGGGAGCAGAGCUGCUCUUUGCUUGUGACACUGUGCCCGCUGGUGGUGGGGGACACAUUGCUACUUGAGCCUUCUUCCAUGUUCUUGCCCUUCUCAGAAACACUCCUGGGUCAUAGAGAAUUGCAGAUGGUUUGGGGCCAAAAAGGUUAAGGAGCUAUGGCUUUUAGUUCACAGUAGACAUUUAAACAGAGCAGGUAGCUCCAGGCACUAGCAGGUGAAGUGUCCAGCCCCUCCUUGGCACUCAUUUUCAUACCUGCCACCUUCUAACUCUGGCUUUCUGGGCCUUCAAGCUUUGAUGCUCCAGGUCUGCUAUCUUGGAGAGCGGCCUCUCCUCUCCCCAGACUAUAUGAACAGGGUAUGGCAGCCUGGGAUGGCCCUUGUAGGAGCUUUUGCUAAAAGCCCUUUCUUAGGACCCUGUAAAUGGGUGAGACUGAAGCUGCUCCUUGAUGGCGUAUGCCAGAUAUGGCAGCUUUAAGUAGCCCACAGAAUAAUGGGAUACCCCUACCUACCAAGUGUUGAUGACAUAAUUUAUUUCCUCGUACUCUUCCUCCUAUAUCGUGUCCCUUAGCCCCAUUCCCCUUGGGGCUCCACUUCCUGAGUCCAGUAGUCAUUGUGCUGCUGUGUGUGGCCCAAGGUCUUGCUGCAGCUCCUGCUGAUGGUACUGAGGGUGGAUGUGUGGAACACUACAACCUGAGAAAACUUCCUGGGUUGUUCAUUCUUAGUAGUAUAGUUUGCGAUUCUUAAUGGUAAAUAAUAAGUUUCAGUAGAAAACAAA